AAUUAUCCAAAACAACAACAACAAUUAUUGACAAGUCAACAACAGCAAGAAAUUGCUAAGAAUAUGAAAAUCAAACGAUCCGUGUCAAAUUUUGAUUCCAAUUAUCUGGGCAAAAUGAAACUGAAAAGUCAUUUAAAUUCAUUGCUCCUGAUGGAUGAUAAUCCAUGGCGUUUAAAACGGCCGGAACAAAAUCCAAACAAUACAAAUCUAUUGGCACAAUAUUUAUCAUUUGAAUUUCUAAAUGAACGUAUUCAUAAUCGAUUACAACAAGAGAUUGAAUGUUCACCAAAUAAUACAUGGCGUUGUUUGAAUUUUCAAACAUCAAAAUCUGAUAGUGCAACAGGUGUGAAUAGUAAUAGUCCAAUAAAAUCAUCUGAUACAUUGAUUAUGGCCAAAAAUUUUUCAUGUAGUGAAAUGAAUUUAUCCACAGCAACAAAACAGGCUAGAAAUAAACAAACAAAACAGAAAACGGUUAAUAAACGUAAAAGUUUUAAAAAAUUUCUUGAACAUUAUUUUCAUAAUGAAUCAACAAACACACGUAAUGCAAGUGUUUCAAGUGAAGAAUUAUUAACUGGAUUUGAUCAAAAUUUCAUAUUGAAACGUAAUACACCGAAUGCUGGCCUUACCGAUGAUGAACUAUAUAAAACUUCAAAUUGGGAAUAUUAUCAUGGACAAGAAUCGACCAUUCUAAAUCAUAGUUUACGUACAUGUAAAAAAUCAAAUCGAACAUCAUCAUCAUCAUCUACAUUGGUUAACAGCUGUUAUGGUACAACAAAUAGCAAACAAAUUUCAAAUGUUGACAAACAAUUAGAAAUGGUGGCCAAUCUUUUUAAUAAUCACUGUAAUAAUGGAUUUGAAGAUACGGAUUAUCUUUCCGUUAGUAAACAUUUCAUUUCAAAUGCUAAUGGUGAUAAUAAUCAAAUGAUUGCCGGAACAACAAACGAUAAUUAUUCGGAUGAAUUAUUAUUAUUCGGUCAUAAGUCAGCAGCUAAUGCAAAAAAUUUUUGGUUCAUGACUGAUAAUAAUAAUGGUGACGAUAAUGGAAAUGGUUUGCAAAGAAAAUUACCAUACAAAAUGGUAAAUAACGGUGGUAUUGAGACAGAGACAAAAUCACAUCAUUGGAUUCCAUCCAAUGAUUUAAGCAGUAGUGAUGAUUCUGAUUGUGAAUUGAUUAUUGAUGAUGAUGAUGACGACGAUGAUGAUGCUACUGUUGUUGUUGAACAACAAUCAAAACGUGAAUGUUUUGAUAAUAUAAUUGAAGAAACAAUUGCCAAUAUUGAAGUUGAAGAUUUUCUUAAUGGUCAUAUUUAUGAAGAUAUAGAUCAUAGAUUAUUUUUGAAACGUUAUCUACAUCAUAAUAACGAUGAUGAUGAUGAUGAUGAUGAUGAUAAUAAUUUAACAACAUCAUCGGCAACAAAUAUUCGUAACAUACCUGAUGGACCUUGUUUUACAUUAUCAAAUCAAUUGAAAACUUUAUUACAAAAUUCAAAUCGUUUGAAAAAUCAUUAUCUCUAUUAUUGAUGCAAAAAUUUCAUUUAUAUUGUUUUUAAUAUAUUAGUAUGAUGUGAA